AUGGCGACGGCGACGGCAGCAGUGCCAAAUACGUUUACGAUCGAGCCUUUCGAUUCCACCGUCACAAAUUGGUCACGAUGGUUACUCAGGCUGGAAGGCGCUUUUCGAAUAUUUACAAUUAAGGACGAGGCCCGAGUGCCUUACUUACUGCAUUACGUUGGGGCCACAUCGUUCGAUAUCUUGUGCGAUCGGUUAUCGCCGCAAGAUCCCUUCGAAGCCAGUUACGCGACGCUUACAAGGAGCUUGGGAGAAUUUUACGACCCGGCGCCGUUAGAAAUAGCGGAAAACUACAAAUUCCAUCAACGUAAGCAGAAGGAUGGUGAAACAGUUCAAGAAUUCUUAGCGGCACUCCACAAGCUAAGCGUGCAUUGCAAGUUUGGCGAUUAUUUAAAGACAGCCCUAAGAAACCAGUUAGUGUUUGGCUUGUCGAACAAGAGGACUCAAGCACGUCUCCUGGAGCUGGCGGAUCUAACGUUGGAAAAAGCAGCGCAGGUGGCCACUACAAUGGAGCUGUCUGAGAAAGGUGCUCAACAACUACAAGGAGAAUUAGCGGAAUUAAGUCUGGUACAAGCGGCCAAGCGGACUCCCCGACAUCCAUCUAACGUAGAUAAAUGCGGUGCAAAUCAUCUAGCGUCCAAAUGUACAUUAGAUAAGAACGUCAAAUGCAACGCUUGUGGAAAGAGCGGCCAUCUGAAAAAGGUGUGCUUUCAAGUGAGCCGGGAAACAAACCAGCUUGAAGAGAUCCUAUUGAUGGAACAUACACAGUUUCGGGACAAAAUCUUCACUACACUGCUGGUAAAUGACAAACAAGUCAAGUUUGAAAUAGAUAGCGGUGCUGCGGUGUCGGUGAUGGCGCAGGAGCACGCGAGUCGCGAAUGGAUCUUCCAAUUACGGGAUGAAGCUAAUAUUAAGAAUUUUCUUAGUAGCAUAGAAUCGAUACAUGUGAUAGAUACUGGUCACAAAGAUAGGUUAAAUGCAUUACUACAAAAGUACAAGUCAAUCAUGACACCGUCGAUAGCAAAAAUAAAAGGGUUACAGGCAAAAUUAACGCUUAAAAAAGAUGCGAAACCGGUAUUUUGCAAAUCGCGGCCAGUGCCUUUCAGAUUACGCCCCUUAAUAGAAAAGGAAUUGCAACGGCUAGAAUCAGAAGGAGUUUUAGAGAAGGUAGACACUUCUGAAUGGGCUACGCCGAUAGUUCCAGUUCUUAAAAAGAACGGCCAGGUUCGCCUUUGUGGCGAUUAUAGUGUCACCUUAAAUCCUCAGCUCGUUGUUGACGAGCAUCAUCUUCCGACAGCGGACGAAUUGUUUACCUCAAUGGAGGGCGGCACAGUUUUCUCUAAAAUUGAUUUAUUACAAGCAUAUUUACAAAUAGAGGUUCGCCCCGAGGAUCAACACCUCCUUACAUUGAAUACUCAUAAAGGCCUUUACCGACCUAAGCGUUUAAUGUAUGGAAUCGCGUCUGCACCGGCCAUUUGGCAACGUGACAUGGAGAACAUUCUGAAAGAUCUUUCGGGAGUAACUGCCUUCUUGGAUGACAUACGCGUAUCGGGUAAAAAUCCGGAAGAUCACUUACAAAAAUUAGAAGCAGUUUUUAAACGUCUACAUCAGUACAAUAUUAGAAUUAAUCUUGAUAAAAGCGAAUUUUUUAUGGAACAAAUUAAUUAUUGCGGUUACAUUAUCGACAAAAACGGAUUACAUAAAGAGCCGGAUAAAAUAGAAGCAAUUGAAAAAAUGCGUAGACCGGAAGACGUUCCUCAGGUGCGUAGUUUCCUUGGAAUGGUCAAUUACUACGGUCGUUUUAUUAAGAAUUUAAGCACGAUACUACAUCCGUUGAACAAUCUAUUACGUAAGAACACCAAAUUUGUCUGGACUACGGAGUGUAAAAGAAGCUUUUUAGCUGCCAAAAAGGCGUUUUCAAGUACGGAUUUCUUGGUACAUUUCGAUCCAACUUUGCCUCUAAUUCUUGCUACGGAUGCUAGCGCGUACGGUGUAGGUGCUAUCCUAUCACAUUUGUAUCCGGAUGUGACAGAAUUAGCUACAGCUACAGUUAAAGAUAAAGAACUCGUAGAAGUUUUAGAAGCAUUAAAGACAGAAAUAAAGCAUAGUAACGACUACAACGUAACAACAGAAACUCAUCUGGUCUUUAAGGAAGGAGAGAGAGUGAGUUGUCGAAACUAUUUAGGCGUAGAUAAAUGGAUGUUUGGAAAAGUUGUAGAGCGUAUUGGUAAACUACAUUAUAAGAUCAAACUGGAUGAUGGACGAAUCUGGAAGAGGCACAUCAACCAGAUGCGCACGAUUGGCAAUAGGACGCCAGUAAAGCUAAAUGAUAAAGUUAGUGCGAUAACGUCCGAUUUAGACUACUCAGUGGUCGGAGAAGAAAGCGUAGUUGAUAACGUGGAGGAAGCGAAUCACCGUACACCAGAAGCAAUGAGAUCACCGCCUCCUCCACAAGCGUUGCCAGCACAAUCGGAAAAUCAUUCCGAAUGCGAUAUUGAUCCGGUCGAAACCACUCCUAGACAACCUACGAGACCACGAAGGCCACAUAAAUUGCCUACACAUUUAGGAGAUUACGAAGUUAAUCUGAGAUAG